AUGUUUAGAGAAGCAGGAUCGCUGGAGCCUAGUCUCUCAAUUUCUCCUCAUUCUUUAUGAUCUCCAAGUUUGUUAGGACUAGACCAUACAGAUAUUUUUAAAUCUUUUGGAACCACUAGAGCCCCAUCAGUCUCAGUUCUUGGACGCCGAAUUAAUAGUGAAUCAAUCAUUUCUCCAUCAUCUGAAAGCACAAGCCGUUUCCCAAUUGCAAUUCAAUCACCCAAGGUAAAAUGCUUAUCGCCUCAGCUGACAAAAAAAGCUAAUAUUUUACCUAAUGAUUCCAACAAAAAGGAAAAAGAAAUCAAGCAUAAAAUUAUAUCAAAAACACCAGAACCUCUAAAAGUGACGAAACCAAUUUCCAGCAAUUUUCCUAAACAGCUAUCAAGUAAAAUUAUAAAGAAAAUUUCGAGAAAACCUUCAGUAACUCCUCAACCUAAGAUUAAUAGUGAUGAAAUAAAAACUGAAAAACUUGUCAUUGAUGAAUUUAUCCAUAAAAUAUCAAUUGAUAGGAUUAUUAGCAAAAGUUUGAGAAAACAGAAAUUGAGUAAAGAUUUAGAAGAAAAGAAAAAAUAUGAAGAGAUUGUACAAAAACAGAAAAAUAAAUGACAGUUAGAUGAACUUAAUAAACAAACAAGAAUUGAAAAUUUAAGGUUCAAGAAAAAUGAAUUUAAGCCGAAAAUACCAUGGGGUGCUGAUGAAAGAAGGAUUAAUGGAGAAAUUGAUGAACAAAUUCGCAAAGGUGUAGAAGAAAUAAGGAAAAAACAUAGAGAAAAUAGAGAAAAAAGCAAGCAGCUUGGGAAAGCAAGUAUUGGACUAGAUGAUAUGAAAUGACGGCCUUCAGAAAAGUUGAAAACUCCGAAACCAACUGCUACCACUGAUACUAAAAGUUUACAGAAAAAAAUUAAACAGUCUGAUCCUGAAAUAGUGAUCUUUAUGAAAACCCAAAAAAAAUUAAGAAAACUCCAAAAAGAGCUUGAUUAUGAAAAACAGCUCGAAGAAGAAAGCAAAAGGAUUUUCCAAUUAAAUCGUCUGGAAUCUCAUGUGAAAGCAAACUUAAAAAAAUUUAAAAAAAAGAAACAAAAAGAAAAGAAAAAAGAAAAGAUAAGAAAUAAAAUUUUAAAGAAAAAGCCAAAACAAGAGUCUAUUGAAGUAACAAGUUAUCCAGAAGAUGAAGAAGUUAAAGAAAUUAUGUAUGGGAUGCCCCCAGAAAGCGCAGAGAGCUAUAAUAGAGAAGGAAGAGAAUGCCAAGCUUUUGGAAAUUACUCUGAUAACCAAUCAAACGAAAAACAAGAAAAUGCAACUCAACUAGUGAGUGACAUAGUAGAACGGCGAGUUCAUCAAGAGCCAACCCUACCCCUAUUCAAUGCUACAAUGCCAAUCUUGGAAGUAAAAGAAACCACCCCUAGCUACACAGAUGAUCCUAGUGAAGAAAUAAAAACUAAAGAUCUUCAGUCUUCUGAUGUUAUAAGGAGAAAAAAUGAAAUCCAUAAAAAGUUAAAUGAUUUAAAAAACCGGGUGGAUCGAGCCAGAGAAAACGCUAAAUAUUCAGUCAGUGAGGAAGAUCUAAAAAAUUCUGCUGCAAUAAAAAUUCAAGCAUGGGUAAGAGGUUGGCUUACAAGGGAAGCAUUAAGGAGAUUUUUUAAUAAUUUGGAUGCUUCUGAUGAUAGCUGAUUAAAGCGAUUCUAUGGAAGUGAUGGACAAGUUUCGUUUGAAGAUGAAGAUGAAGAGGUACAAAAAAUUCUAAAGAAAAUAGGAAAGCCUGAUAAUCUUGCUAAUGGAAGUAGCUGAGAAGAAUCUGAUCUGGCUAAUGGGGAUUACUUAAAUUAUAGUAAAAGGUAGUUUUUAGUGAACAAUGACAGAGGAAUUCUGUAAACUAAGCGAAGCGGUAUCUUUGUAAACUAUCAAGGCAGAAACUCAAAAAUUUAAUUCUAUAAGAAUUUAACGGUAAUUUUUUUAAAAAAAAAUCGGAAAAAUCUGAAUUAUCAAAAGAGGAUGUUGCUAAAUUAUAGCGCUUUCCCGAGGAUGGCGCGGAAUGGCGCCCAUCUCGGGAAAGUCAACUAAGCAUCCACACGGGAACUGGGAGUUCCACGUGUGGAUGCCAUUUUUUGACAUGUGGGAUCCAAACUUCCACAUGUCAAAAUGGCAUCCACACGUGGAACUCCCAGUUCCCGUGUGGAUGCCUUCCUGGCUUUCCCGAGGAUGGCGCCAUUCCGCGCCAUCCUCGGGAAAGCGCUAUAAGUCAGAACAGCCUUUUAAAAGAAACAUAAGCAAAGUAUUUUACCAAAUUCUAGAGAUUAGAUUAGAUUAGACUAGAAAUAUGUUAUAGCGGGUCUUAAGGGAUUAUUUCAGCCCCUCGCCGUCCCACGAAUAGCUUCGCAGCGACGCUAAGCGCUAUCCUCACACCACCUUUUUCCCUUUCUGACGUCACCAAAAAAUGGUGACGUCGAAGGUCUUCGGGGAAGCCACCCCCCAUCCGGUCAGGGUCUCCGAAUCUCAGCAGAAAACUCCUUUAACCUCUGACAGGGCUCAGAGUAUAGGGGAAUCGCCUUCUGCCUUCUCCAUGACCUGUCAGAACCGUAUCACAGGUUCGAUAAUGCUCUCAUGGAGUGGUAUCGGGACUUUUGUGCCAGUAGGGUUAACUCGUAGGUAAGGAAAAAAGGACAAGGGUCAGCCCCAAGUCAAAAAACCCACCCCGGAGAACUAUCGCCAUGUGGCUCGCCUUUCCUGGGCCUGGAUCAACUCACAGGUCACCAGGAGUCCACGUCAGAUCACGCCAUUUUAAUAAUUCUCAAAUUCUAGAGAAGAUAAUUUAAAUAAAUUAUGGAUGUGGAACCUGCAAUUUUUAAUAAAAGCUUACUUAGUUAUUUGCUUAAAUUCCAGUUAGAGUAGUUAUCUGAAUUACGUUGAGCUACAUUUUAUAAAAUUUUACUAUAUUUAUGCCUUUGUUGUGAGAUAAUUUUAAAAUAUAUAACUAACCUCUAUAUAUGCUGGCUGCUAACUAAAUAUUUGUAAAAUAUAAACAUAUAAAUGAGAUAAAUUAAACAUGAUUUUUGCGUGAAUUUAUCAUAACUACUAUACACUUUGACGCCAUUCAAAAUAUCAAAAAAUCUUUUAUAAAUUACUUAAGGAGGACUUAAUUAACUUUGUUUGCUCGGUUCUUUUCGAAUUAUUGGUAAAAACCCACUAUAAAUACUGACUAGGAGAGACGUAAAAAAAAUUAUUAUUUUUAAUAAUUUUACUAUAUUUCAAAAGGAAUAAUCUGAUUAACUCUUAUAAAUAGCCAAGCUAACUAAAAUUAUCCACUUUUAAGUCUUAAAUAAAGGCUUUCUUAACGUUUUGUUCCACUGUGCAAUAAGAGCUACUGGAAGUAAAUAGCAUAGUUUUCAAGAUCCUCUUCGUUAUUUGCACCAAAACCUUUUUAAACAUCAUAAAAAAAAAUUUAAAAAUAAUUUUUUUACAUCUCUCCUAGUCAGCAUUUUUAGUGGAUUUUUACCAAUAAUUCUUAAAGGACCUAACAAACAAAUUUAAUUAAGUCCUCUUUAAGUAAAAUUAUUAUUAAAAUAUUUUUUUUUACGUCUCUCCUAGUCAGUAUUUAUAGUGGGUUUUUACCAAUAAUUCGAAAAGAACCUAGCAAACAAAGUUAAUUAAGUCCUCCUUAAGUAAUUUAUAAAAGAUUUUUUGAAAUUUUGAAUGUCGUCAAAGUGUAUAGUAGUUAUGAUAAAUUCACGCAAAAAUCAUGUUUAAUUUUAUCUCAUUUAUAUGUUUAUAUUUUACAAAUAUUUAGUUAGCAGCCAGCAUAUAUAGAGGUUAGUUAUAUAUUUUAAAAUUAUCUCACAAAAAAAGCAUAAAAAUAGUAAAAAUUUAUAAAAUGUAGCUCAACGUAAUUCAGAUAACUACUCUAACUGGAAUUUAAGCAAAUAACUAAGUAAGCUUUUAUUAAAAAUUGCAGGUUCCACAUCCAUAAUUUAUUUAAAUUAUCUUCUCUAGAAUUUGGAAAAAAACUUUGCUCAUGUUUCUUUUAAAAGGCCGUUCUGACUUAGUUUAGCAAACGCCCUCUUUCGAUAGUUUAGAUAUUUCCGAUUUUUGUUUUUAAAAAUUACCGUUAAAUUCAAUAUAAAAUUAAAUUUUUGAGUUUCUGCCUUGAUAGUUUACAAAGAUACCGCUUCACUUAGUUUACAGAAUUCCUCUGUCAUUGUUCUCUAAAAACUACCUUUUACUAUAAUUUAAGUAAUCCCCGCUAGCCAUCUGAUCUUAUAAGCCCAAGAAAUUUUCAGCAGCCUUCAAAUCUGCAAAAAUGGGAAAUCUCUUCUCCAGGAUCACAAUUUGCUAGAUUUUCUCCAGUUCCUGUAAAAAAUCAAUUUGAAGACUCAGCAAGGAUGGACUCACACUUCUGCAAACUUUCAUCAGUUCUUGCAACAUCUUCACACGAAAUCAUAGAAAAAGAAAAAAAUGAUAAAAAAACUGACAAAAAUAAUCAAAGAAAACUCAAAGAAAUUUUAGAGUCUCAAACUCAAUGAAAGCUGAGCCAGAAACAAAAAUUAAACGAAAUGAAAGAAAAAGACUUAAAAGAGAUGAAAAAAAUCGCAAAAAAAGCAGGAAACGAUACAGAAACAAUGAAAUUUUUGCAGGAGUUGAUAGAGCAAAGAUACUCCUCAAUAAGCAAGAUUUUUGAUGAGGCGAAGUCAGAUUUUUUAGAUAGCCUAGAAAAUUCCCAUGAAGAAAGAAAAAUAUCGAAAAACAUAUUUUUUUUUUAUUAUAAAUUGUCCAAUUAAUAAUUCAAGCCAUUUACAGAGCCAAUACAGCUCAAAAAACAUAAUUAAAGAAAACCAAAAAAAAUCACUAAUUAAAGCAAUUGAUUUUGAAGAAAAUGAUGAAUAUUUAAAUACAGAUUCAGAGAUAGUAAAAAGUGUCAGAGUUAGCAAGCUAGAUAUUGAAAAGCCAGAUACUGAUAUAGAAGAAGCCAAAGAAGAGCAAAAGCAAUUAUUAAAUGAUAUAGAAGAAUUUACACCUUAUCCUGAUAAAAAGCAUACUGAUAUUUCUAAUAGUUUUAUUGAGCAAAUAAAAGCGUUACAAUUGCCUACUAGCAGUUCUAUAAGCAGUCAAGAUUUAAAAUUCACUAAUUCUAUCAGUCCAGAAGUAAAAGCAGAGGAUAGAGAUUCUCCAGAAUUCGUCCCUAUGCCAGUAGAAAAGUUUCCAGGCCCUCAAAUUUUUGAUUUGAUUAGAUUAGAUUGUGCCAUUCACUUUCGCAAGGGCAGGGGAUUUACACCCCUACACGCUCAUCAUCCCUGAGGGAUACCGGCGGCACCCUUCCUUGUUGCUGCAAACAAGGAUUCGCGCACCAGUCUUGACUUCCAUGGCUCCUGGAUUCGAAGGGCCAACCACCUGGGUCGAAACUCCCAGUUUCUCGUUAGGCAAAUACCGUCUUCAGGGUCUGAGGGUCAUAUUGCCCAUCAGAGAUUGGCCGACCUUGCCCUUUCCAAUGGUUGUACCGGAGGAAAAACUCUAAGUCCAGGGAUUAGCUCCCUGGGCCCGAGGAAAACCCAGCCCGACUAUACAUAAAGGAUUACCGGCCCCUUUCGACCUAAAUCUCCAACACUGGGCCGUUGCCUGCUGCUGUUGAAGAAAUAGGGUCGAGAGGUCGGGUGGUCUGUCGUCACCAUUUUUAUGUAUAUUCAAAUUUUUGAUAAAAAUGAUAUUUCUUUAUAUUCUGAGCCAAUUGAAGCGGAAUUUAUUGAAGAAUAUUCACAAUCGUUUAGUUCAUUUCAAGAGGAUACAGAAAUUGAAAAUAAAGAUGGAAAAAUUGAGAAAGAAAUUUCUUUGGAUUUAAAUUCUAAUGAGUCAGCUAAUGGUGAAGAAAAAAAUGAAAGCUCAAGUUUAAUUGAAUGCGACAACUCUCCAUAUGAUGCUGCAGAGCCUGAAGGCAUUAGAUAUAUAUUAAGCGAUAGUGAAUCAAAACAGAAUUCUCCUGCUAAUAAAAAUGCAGCAAUUUUUAUCCAAGAAUGAAAUUCCCCUGAGACUUCAAGUGCAAAUAUAUUUUAUUUCAUUGAUCUUUGACAGCGCCCUUUUCAUUAAAAUGAACCCUAUUUCUGUAUUUUAAUUUAAAUAUUCCCUUAAAUUUUAUAUUAUCUGAUAAUUAAGUUACCAUUAUCUAAAAUAUUAUAUUAAAAAUGAGAUAUCAAUAGAAACUCCAAACCCAGAAAAUUUAAUCGACAUGGCUAAAUUUGAAGAGAAAAUUUCUAAGCCAUUUAACGAAGAACAAUGUGAAGAAAUGAUAAUUUCUGAUGCAUUAGAAAAUAUUUGCAACCAAAUUCUAUCUUUAUAUGUAUAUGAGGCUAUAAAACAGCUGAUGAGCUCUCCAGAUUUUCUUGUAAAAAUAACAGAUUUUAUUCUUUUUGAUUUAGUUUUUGAAGAAAUAAAAAACCAGCCACAUGAAGUAGCGAAUAUAAAUAUUUCAACAGAAAAUUCAAGGGAAUCUUUAAAUAAAAAUGAAAAUUACGUUCAGUCAUAUACAGAGAAAUUGCUGAUUUUUGUAUUAGAAAAUUUUGAAAUUUCUGAAGAAGUCCAAGCAAAACUUCUGACACCGAUAGAAAAAAAUCCUUUAGACCAGCUCUCAAAAAUGCAAGAAAAUGAAAUCGGGUCCAUCAAGACUCCUGAUGUAAUAAAUGACCCAGUUCUAUCACCAGAAAUAUACUUUGUCUUAGAAAAAGAUAAUAAAAUUGAUAGUCUUGAUGUAGCUGAGUCAAUACAUAACAAAAUGAUUUUUGAUACAAUUAAUGAAGAAUUACAAAAACAUCGAAAAGAUGGGGAAAAAGGCCUACCAAUGCCAUGAAGUAGCAGAAGCCCAAGUACUUCAAAUAUAAUAAAUAUAUACGAAAUUUUCAACCAAACUCGUGACCGCAUCAUAGAGUACGACCAAAUCAAGGCUGGAAUAAUCCCAACAGCCGAUCUAAGUCCAGACAGUAUUUUUUUCAAAAAAAUCCGUGACGAAAAACUAGCAAAAUUACUCACCUUAGAAGUCGUUGAAAAUGAGCAGCAAUGGGUUGACUAUGAAUUUGAAGAGACUCAGGUAAGGCUAGACCUUGCAGACAUGAUGCUAGAGCAACUUGUCGCUGAAAUUGUGGAAAUCCUUUAUAUGAAUUAA